AUGUCGCAUGAUAUUAAUAACAUCGAGGGCAGGCACAGACUCGGUUCGAACUUACAAUCUCAUAGAAGUCUUAACGACGACAACUCUACUACUCAAACUUCCAAUUGGCUCAAAGAACAAGAAGUAAUUCCGUCGUUUAGUACAUGGAAUUCUUAUCCCGAAGAUCAAAUUCUUCAUCAUAACCCGCCGCCCUCUUAUGAUAGACAAAUUCAUGCUCCCCUCGUUUUCAAGACUUUUAGUCCGCAAGGCGGUGAAUCUUCUCGUUCAAACCCAAAUUGUUCCAAUUAUCCUUCUUUAUACAAAUAUUCACAACUUAUCCAAUCCGAAGACCAAGUCAUCCGAGUCGUGGAAGUGCUUGGGAAAAUCUUAGUGUCAAGGUUGACAUCCAAUAUCGAUGACCUUAUACUUCCGAACGAUAAAUUUCCGUCGUUCAUGGAGGCAUUAUCGCUUGCUCAAAUGUUCUUCGAAAUAGUCACAAAGGAACUACUAUGCGAUAACGCUGAUGAUGUGUUUGCCAAGCGUCGCAUGGAAGGCUUUAUGAACAUUUCCCAAGACAAUGACAACGUAUUCAUACAUCAAAUGACUAACAAUACUGGCAAUUACAACGUCUUGGAAGGAUUUAUCUGGUAUUAUCAACUAAUUCACCCGCGGGGUGAUUAUUGUCACGAUCUAUCUAUCACUCAGAUUACGUUCACUUUCUAUUCGCUUUGCGACGUCCACUUCCAUCGAAUCUAUCCUAUCAAUGUUCUAUACCAAAUACUUCUUGAACGUUUUUGCAAAAGAACAUCAAGAAGAUCAUGGCCUUAUACACCGAGAGAAGUCAUGAAAUUUAUGUGGGAUCGAGCAUUGUUCGGGAAAGGAAUCGGAACUGAAGUCGACAAGCUGCUUGGAUUCUAUCCCCAAAAUUGUCAUGGACAUGAUCAGACUCACGAUGGCUCAUGCGGUCAUCUACCUGAUGUGCCUAGCGUCUUAGAUCCAUGCAUAGGUAUUGGUUCAUUCCUCUGCGAGUUCAUAAUCGUCUUAUUGUUGCAGCUCAGCAGACUCCUUCAAUUUGGAACAACCCUAGGGCACUCGUUCAUUUAA